CAGUUGCGUUGCGAACAAUUUCAAAAUCCCUUAACACGAUGGAAAUCGACACGAGGAGACACUUCACGUUGGGCUGCAUGAAAAGUUGAAGUUCCGUGGUCGGCUGGUCGGGCUUCUUUUUUUUUUUUUUUUUUUACAAGCGUGUGUACCACGUUUUUUUAACUGCGGAGUGAGAGGAUGAGGAUGAUGAUGAUGAGCGCGAAGAAGCCAGUUCAUCUCAUCACGGGACUGAUCAUCGUGUUCCAGUUUCAAUUGAGCUUCAUUAAGGUCAAAUCUGCCAGAGGGGUUUACCGCGCGGACACGCAGGGGCUGCCGUCUCUGGAGGGAAAGCUGCAUGUGAACUCUGGGAGUCACAGGCCCAGGGAGAGGAAGUGGGCGUCCAGGCCGAGGUCUGGUGCCCCUGGCUGGGCGGCAGACAAGAGGGGCCACUACAGAGACCAGCACCAACCGGAGGAGACGGACGUGGACCUGAUGACGGAGCAGGGACACGACAAUUCCACACAGAUUGAGGACACUGAUCACGCCUACUACACGUCUAAAAUCUACGGCCCUGGUGACGCAGCCGGUAAAGAGCUGUGGGUGAACCUCGAUGAGACGGAGGAGGAGGGGGAGUGGAAGGUCCAUGGCUUCCUGUCCAGUGCCCACAGACAGGCCGAGAGAGUCAAUCUUUCCUUCGACUUUCCCUUCUACGGACAUAUACUCAAAGAAAUCACCGUGACAACGGGAGGUUUCAUUUACACAGGAGGUAUAAUCCACCGGAUGCUCACGGCCACUCAGUACAUCGCCCCACUCAUGGCCAAUUUCGACCCGAGUCUUUCCAAAAACUCCUCUGUGUUUUACUUUGACAAUGGAACUGCACUGGUGGUUCAGUGGAACCGGAUUCACCUCCUGGACGUCAGCGUGGGAACUUUCACCUUCCAGGCGGUUCUGCACAGCGACGGGCGGAUCGUGUUCGCAUACAAAGAGAUUCCGACAGACAUCAGCGACAUCAGCGCCGAGAAUCAUCCCGUCAAAGUGGGUUUAUCGGAUGCGUUUGUUGUGCUUCAUGACAUCGAGCAGAUUCCCAAUGUUCGGAGGAGAACCAUCUACGAGUAUCACAAAGUCGAUAUACUGAAAUCCAAAAUCUCCAACUCUACAUCUGUGGAGAUGGUACCGCUCCCCACGUGUCUCCAGUUCUCCAGCUGUGGUCCAUGUGUCACUUCUCAGAUUGGCUUUAACUGCAGCUGGUGCAGUCGGCUACAAAGAUGCUCCAGCGGCUUCGAUCGGAACCGGCAGGACUGGGUCGACCUCGGCUGCCCAGAGGAGAGACGGGAUCCACGGUGUCUCCGCAUAACGGACGUCGCAAGCGCCACAUCUGGCCACCUGACGCAUACGACCACUCCUGCUACAGCGACCGCAGCGCAGCAGAGGACGUCCGGCGCGACCUCCGACCCCCCUGGCAGGACGUCCGGCGCCACCGACCCCUCAACACACAGCAGCGCUAGCAGAAGAAUAACAUCCACUCCGCUGACUCCCACCAGCGAACCUGCAGAGGAUGACACAAAAACCUCCUUACACAUGAAUGAAGCACCAGGAGUUGAGGAGGAGACCGGAGAGAGCGACGAGCAGCUGCAGAUCGGCCUCCUGACGGGCAUCGUCAUGAUGAUGGUCGUCAUGGCAGCAGCCGUCCUCCUCUCCCUUUACAUAUACAACCACCCCACUUCCAAUGCCAGUCUCUUCUUCAUGGAGCGGCGGCUGACCCGCUGGCCGAUCAUGAAGUUCAGGCGAGGGUCGGGUCGGCCUUCGUACGCAGAGGUGGAGGCUCCCGGUCAGGACAAAGACGGCUCGGUCGUCAUCGACCCCAAACAGUCGUUUGUGAUGUCGGACAGGAGAGAAAGCGAACAGAAAGAAGGAUUCAUAGUUCCCGAUCAGAGGGAGCGCUUCCUCGUCAUGGAGAGCUCCUGACCCAAAACCACAUAUCCCAGAAGGCUUUGGGGGACAGAGCUGGUUCUCUUCAUGUGAGUUGGCGCUCCUUGAAUGCUGACACAUCUGCUCAAUUUCCCUUUUAAGGACAGCAUUUGAGCGAGCAGGGAGGAAAUUCCAACUCCAGAUUUACUUUAUGCAACAGUCUAGCUUCAUGUUUGUAUUUGCCUUUUGAGCCAUCAAACUGUUUUAUUACACAAAUGAAAGGUACUUGGAUAAAAACUUGUUUUUACUUUACUCAGGUCACUCGCUCACGUUUACUGCAAUGCUUGUUUUGAGUUCAUGUCUCGUUCCCACACCUACU